CGCUUGGCCCUCCGCGGCACCCGUAGAGGCCCGCCGGCCGCCCCCUCCCACCCGCGGCCUGUCGCGCCCAGGAGCCCCCGUGAGGGCCGCGGCGGCGCCGGCGGUACCGGGAAAAGAAAAUGCUGAGAAGUCUGAAAAGACUUGUGUCCCAUCCUCUGAAGCUGGACCAUGGCUGUGCCCUGCACACUGCAGCCAAGCAUUGCUUCAGUCCCAUGGUCAGCCAGGAUGUCCAAACCCCAGCAGAGACCCCAAGGGCAGUUUUCUACACCAGUGAGAAGGACCCGGCCAAGCACACAGAGCAGCAUGAGGGUCAGCACUACCACAUCCCACUGGAGGAGGUGAAAGCUGUGUUUCCCCACGGGCUGCCCCGGCGCUUCCAGCAGCAGAUUAAGACCUUCAAUGAAGCCUGUCUGAUGGUACGAAAACCUGCUCUAGAGCUUUUCUCUUACCUGAGAGGCACCAACUUUGCCCACCCAGCCGUCAGAUACGUCAUCUAUGGUGAGAAAGGAACAGGGAAAACCAUGACUCUGUGUCACGUGGUUCACUACUGCUCCAGGCAAGGCUGGCUGGUGCUGCACAUCCCAGAUGCUCAUCUCUGGGUGAAAAACUGCAAGGAGCUUCUGCCAUCUUCCUACAACAGAGAGCGCCUGGACCAGCCCCUGCAAGCAUCCUUCUGGCUCAGGAACUUCAAAGCCUCAAAUGAACACUUCCUACAAGAGAUUAAAACACAACGAAGGUACGUGUGGGGCAAACGAGAAAGCACCGAGGAGGGCAGACCCUUGGGUGAAGUGGUGGAGCAGGGUUUAGCUCGUGUGAGGGUUGCCAGUGAUGCUGUUGGGGUGGUGCUGAAGGAGCUCAAGCAGCAGAGUGACCUCGGCUCCUUCCGGCUUCUCGUGGCAGUGGACGGCGUCAACGCUCUCUGGGGAAGGACCACCUUAAAGAAGGAAGAUAAAAGCCCUGUUUCCCCAGAGGAGCUGACGCUCGUGUACAACCUGCGGAAGCUGAUGGUGAACAACUGGAAAGGAGGUGCCAUUGUGACAACCCUCAGCCAGACUGGCUCACUCUUCAAGCCCAGCUCUGCCUAUUUACCACAGGAGCUGCUGGGAAAGGAGGGUUUUGAUGCCUUGGACCCCUUUGUGCCCAUCCCGGUCCCCAACUACAGCCCCAAGGAAUUCGAGAGCUGUUACCGCUACUACCUGGACCGCAAGUGGCUGCAGCACGAGAAAGCUCACACGGAGGCCGGGAAGGAGGAGCUGCGGUUCCUGAGCGGCUGCAACCCGCGGCAGCUGGAGCGGCUGGUGGCCCCGCUCUAGUGCAAUAAAGAGUGGAGCAAGA